UCGUAAGAUUUCUUUUUGUUUGUGCAUAAUAUUAUAAGAUUGCUCGAUCAAUUUUCAAUGAAACAAGUUUUUAACGUAAGAUCGAUUAACGUACUCUCAUAACAAGCUUUUUAAAAGAUUCCUUGAAACGAAUUAUUGACUUAUCGAAUUAACGUCAAUUAUUUAUUUUUUUUUUUUUUUUCAACUCUAAACGAAUCGAAGCGUUUCUCUUCGAGAUUCCUUAAGUUAACCAAAAAAAAAAAAAAAUUCUACGAAUCGAUUGAAGAACGAAUUGAAAUCUUCCCCCGCGUACACGUUUUAUCUUUCGCGAUCGAUUUCUUGCGGUUACGUGUCAUUGAAGGAAUAUUGUAUCUCUGACAAAAUAGUUUAACGAUGUCCUUAUUCUCGAAAAACUGUAUCGUUUUUUAUUCUCGAUUUUUCAUCUAAACUAGAUGGCAUUCUGGUUAAAAUCUUCGAAUCGAAAGAAAGAAAAAAAUAAUUUCGUGAUAAAGUAAACGUUUCGAUUUUGUGAAAAAAAAAAAAAUUAUUAUUAAUUCUCUCAAGAAAGAAAAAAGAAGAGAAACGAAGGCGCUGUUUUUUCGUUUUAGAUACAAAUAUGCGCAUAGUCAAGCUUAAAUUGUAGAACUCUCAACUCGGUAUCUAUAAUUGAGCUAUAAUUACAACGAUCGCUUCGACGACAAUAAAAACAAAGUUACACAAUUUUGCCUUAUGCCUUAAAUAUUUUCCUUCGAAUAAUUUUUCAUUUAAUGAGAAAACUGGUUACUCGUUGGUUAUUUAUAUGCAUACGUAUUCUAUCGGGCGUUAAAAAUUACAUAAAGUGAUAAACAUCGAUUUAAAAUAAACGAAAGAAGUUGAAGAAGCGAUGAUGUGAACGAGAAAAAACUUUGAAUAUAUAUCUAUAAACGUUUUCUUUUUCCUUUCUUCUUUUUCCUCUUUCUUUCAAUUCCGAAUCGAUGAUCGUUAUAUCGAUGUAAAAUGUAAUCACUGCACUGGCACGACGACGAGUGUGUCAUUAUUUGUAUUGUAUUAGUUGAUUAAAUAUGGAACCGAUUAAUCACACUACGGAAUAAUUGUAAUAUAAUGAAAAUGAAUUUAGACGAUGUUUAUUACUUAAUUAAAAAUUUAUUGUUAAAAAUGAUAAAACACACGCGCACAAAAAUACUAUAUUCAUUCAUCGUUAUAUGAACUCCUUGGAACACUUGGAGAAGAAAAAAAAAAGAAUGUUUCUCCUUCCUCCUCCUACGAGAAUAUCGAUAAUAUCUAGUAGCAGCUUGCUCAACUUUUUUUUUUUCCUUCCUUCCUUGAAACAUAACGAGAUACGCGCACAAUUCCAAUGAUAAAUAUUUCAUAUUGUAAAGUUCUUUUUUUUUUUUACAAAACGUGGCGGGAGAAAAGGACGACGCGACGAGUAUUUUUCCGUGGGACGAAGAGGGGCGACCCGAUCAACUACUACUGAUCGUGGCUCGAACGCGCGUGUGCGCGCGCGCCAGGUGACUCGCCAGUGCCCGAUCGAGGCGAAGAAGAGUAACGCCGGUGUCGAUAUACACCGCGGAUUACGUUGAGCGAACGGUGAAAUGGAAGAGGCGGCGACAUAAUCGAUCGAGAUAUGGAAUAAUCAACGCGGUGUCGCUCAACUUUUGCGCGCCACUUUCGUCGAAUUCGUCCGACGAGCUCGUACGCGGGUGGAAAAAAAGAAAAAAAAAAAAAAAUUGGAACACGAUGAAUUGUGAAAAGGCGAAAAGGAAGGGAAUCGAUGGCGGUUGGGGGUGGUUAGUGUGUUUCGGAAGCAGCCUUAUCUCGCUCUCUUUAAGAUCCUUGGAUCCCUCGUUUGGCCUUCUCUUUCACGAUCUUUUCUUAGAGCUCGAUAUAGAUUCAAUGAAAGCAUCAUUGAUAAUGAGCAUUCUCGACGCUAUCGUCAAUUUUUCCGGUCUUUUGGUAGGACCUUUAUUGAAAAAGUACUCUUAUCGACAAGUAUCUUUCUUUGGAUCUCUUUUAAGUUGUAGCGGAUUGAUAUUGACAUCGAGGGCAAAUAGCAUGAUCCAUAUCGUUUGCACUUAUAGUAUUUUGGGAGGAUUAGGAACUGGAUUGGCGAUCGCAGCAUCUUUCGUCGCAUUGAACACAUUUUUUGACAAAAAGAGAGGACAGGCCGUAGGAUUUUCUAUGGCAGGCACAACAUUGGCCAUGAUGAUAGUGCCUCAGAAUGAUUUCAGAAUAGUUGAUACAUCUUCUUUUGGCUGCUUACGGAUUUCGUGGCGCGAUGUUAAUCGUUGGAGGAUGGGCAUUGCACUCCACCGUAGGCGCUUGUUUAUUACGUCCGCUUCGAGUCGAAAGUUCAAAACCCAUUGGGAAGAGAAUGACACGUUACUACGGUUAAAUGAUGCCGAAACGACGAAAAAGGUCGAAUACGGUACGAACGAUUGCGAAAACAAUACCGCGACGUACGAGGAGAUAAAGCAACACGGCAAAGAAAACGAGUUGUUACGAAAAAUAAAAGAGACUUUCGAUCUGGAUUUAUUUAAGGAUGGUGUGUAUAUAAACAUCAUCGUCGGUCUGAGCUUAUAUUAUGUAGCCGAGUCCAACUUCAAACUGAUGACGCCGUUCUUUUUGUCCAGUAUAGGAAUGAACAAAGCCGAGAUCGCUUCCUGUUUAUCGAUAACUGCGUUCACCGACAUUCUUGCCCGACUCACACUCCCAACCAUAUUCGAUAGAUUAAGAUUGAAAAAAAGGAUCGUAUUCUGGACGUUUUCCAUAUUGGUUGGGAUUGGACGAUCGAUAAUGGUGACGCAAUCGAAAGGGACAUUUUUGAUAGUGAUAUUCGUGAUAAUAGGAUUUUUACGGGGCGCAACUUUGGUGAAUUUAAAUCUCACCGUAUCCGAAUACUGUUCCUUGAGCAAAUUGCCAAGUGCCUUUGGGAUGUUUAUGGUAUCUAAAGGUUUAUUCGUCAUAAUGUUGAGUCCGUUGAUCGGAUACAUCAGAGAUGCCAGUAAAAGUUAUGCAAUUUGUAUACACGUGAUGACAUUAAUAAUAUCUGCCAUGUUCGUUACGUGGAGUAUUGAGUUUAUAUGCAAGAUAUUUAGAAAAGAAAAAUCCGAUUUAAAUAAAAAAACACAAGAUGUAUCGAUGGAAUGAACGUUUAAAUUUUAUUAAAAUCGAUAUAAUAUCUAA